UAAGUUGAAAGUGACGAAAAUACCCUUGUCCAUUCAUAUAAAUUAGCAACGCAGCUGGUUUUGAAAAAUGUCUCACAAUAUAAUCUCUAUUUCUUAUUUUUUUAAUUAACUCCAAAACACUAUCAAUAUGGCUCUCUCCGACACGGUUCAAAUUGUCACCGAUGCUUUCAAAGGAGUUGGAGUGGAUGAGAAAUGUCUGAUAGAAAAUCUGGGAAAAUGGAAAGCUGAAGAAGGAAGUUCAUUCAGGAAGAGCAGUGAUUUGUUUGAAAAAGAUAACGAACGUAAUUUGGAGCACUGGCGAAAACAACAUCUCAAACACCUUCAAAACGAGUUCUUGCGUUUUAAUAAUGCUGUGGUUUGGUGGACGAUGCAUCCAUGGGAGAGAGAUGCUCGUUUGGUGAAGAAGGCCAUAAAACAGGGGUCUGAGUCGUACGGUAUACUUGUUGAGGUCGCAUGCAGUAGAUCAUCUGAUGAUCUCUUAGGUGCUAGAAAAGCUUACCAUUCUCUCUUUCAUCACUCUAUCGAGGAAGAUGUUGCUUUCAAACUCCACUCCACCCCUCAAAACAAGCUAUUGGUUGCACUAGUGAGUGCGUAUAGAUAUGAAGGUGGAAAGGUUAAGGAAGACCAUGCAAAAUCCGAUGCAAAAACUCUUGCUAGUGUCAUAAAGAAUAACACAGAGAAGAAGAGCCUUGUUGAAGAUGAACAAGUCUUGAGGAUACUAACCACAAAAAGCAAACUCCAUCUCAAGGAAGUGUGUGAACAAUACAACAAAAUUUCAGAUGGAAAGAACUUGGAUGAGGAUUUUGGUAUCACUGAUUUGAGGCUCCAAGAGACAGUACAAUGUCUAUGUGCUCCACAAAAAUACUUCACUAAGGUAUUGGAGCAAUCACUACAGAAUAAUGAUGGUAAUAAGAGAUUGAAGAAGGCAGUGACUAGAGUGAUUGUUACUAGAGCUGAUAAUGGUAUGAAGGAUAUUAAAGAAGAGUUUAAAAAGAAGCUUAGUGUUGAUCUCUCUACCAAAAUUGGUGAGACCUCAAAGGGAAACUACAAGGAUUUCUUACUUGCAUUGAUUGAAAGGGGACACUGAUAAUUUGGAGAAUUUGGAGAAUUCAUGAGUUGGUUUGUCUUAAUAAUUUGGAGAAUUUAAUAAAGUUGGUUUUCGAAUUAGUGUUUUCUCUCUAAUAUUGUUAUUCUUAUUCAGUUAUUAUGAUUUGGAGAGUUUCUCAGUUCUGUUUGUAAUUUUUCUUUUACCAAUGUAAUAAGUUAAUCAAA